CCCAGACCUAGCCCAGCCCAGCCCAGGCCAGCCUAGCCCUCGGACCCCGGCCCGGCCGCCCGCCCGCCGCCUUCUCCCCGCACCAUGGCCUCGGAGCGGGACCCCGAGCCGGCGCCGGGGCCGGGGCCGUCCCGCUGGCUCCCCACGCACGUCCAGGUGACGGUGCUGCAGGCCCGCGGGCUGCGGGGCAAGAGCUCGGGCGCGGGCAGCACGAGCGACGCGUACACGGUGAUCCAGGUGGGCCGGGAGAAGUACAGCACGUCGGUGGUGGAGAAGACGCGGGGCUGCCCCGAGUGGCGCGAGGAGUGCUCCUUCGAGCUGCCCCCCGGGGCGCUGGACGGGCUGCUGCGGGCACAGGAGGCCGAGGCGGGCGCGGCGCCCUGGGCAGCUGCGGGCGCGGCCGCCGCCUGCGAGCUGGUGCUCACCACCAUGCACCGCUCGCUCAUCGGCGUCGACAAGUUCCUGGGCCAGGCCACCGUGGCGCUGGACGAAGUCUUCGGCGGCGGCCGCACUCAGCACACGCAGUGGUACAAGCUGCACUCCAAGGCGGGCAAGAAGGAGAAAGAACGGGGAGAGAUCCAGGUCACCAUCCAGUUCACCCGCAACAAUUUGAGCGCCAGCAUGUUCGACCUGUCCAUGAAGGACAAGCCACGCUCCCCCUUCAGCAAGAUCAAGGACAAGAUGAAGGGCCGGAAAAAGUUUGAGCUGGAGUCUGCCUCAGCCAUCCUCCCCAGCAGUGCCCUGGAAGACCCCGAGCUGGGCAGCCUGGGCAAGAUGGGCAAAGCCAAAGGCUUCUUCCUCCGCAACAAACUGCGCAAGUCGUCCCUGACGCAGUCCAACACCUCCCUGGGCUCAGACAGCACCUUGUCAUCAGCCAGUGGGAGCCUGGCCUUCCAGGGCCCUGGCGCUGAGCUCCUAACCCGCUCGCCCAGCCGCAGUAGCUGGCUGUCCAGCGAGGGGGGCCGAGACUCCACACAGUCCCCUAAGCUGCUCACCCACAAAAGGACCUACAGCGACGAGGCCAGCCAAGCUCGAGGGGCUCCCAUUCGGGCCCUCCUUGAAAUGCAGGGCCAUCUGGACAUGGCCUCCCGCUCUUCCCUCUGUGUCAAUGGGAGCCACAUUUACAACGAGGAGCCCCAGGGCCUCCUGCGACACCACCGCAGUUCCAUUUCAGGUCCCUUCCCAACUUCCAGCUCCCUGCAUGGAGGCAGCAUCUCAGCAAGGCCCUCCGAAGAGGUUCCUCUGCAGGCCGACGAGCCCCAGGCCCGAGGCAGCCGCAGUGUCAGUAGUUCAGAGACGGGACAGGGGCCUGAGGAGCCGAGUGGCCAGACCAAAGCCUCCACCGGCCACUCAGGAGAGGAGGCAGGGGUCCGGUUCCCCGAGGGGAAGCCUGUACAGGUGGCCACCCCCAUAGUGGCUGAAAAGGAGGCCGAAAAGGAGGGUGCCAGGAAGGAGGAGCGGAAACCCCGCAUAGGCCUCUUCCACCCUCACCACCAGGGGCUGGGGCGGAGUGAGUCCGGGCGCCGUAGCUCUCUGGGGGAUCGAGGGGGCACCGCUUCAGGGGCCUCACCCCACCACACAUCCAGCGGGGAGGAGAAAGCCAAGAGUAGCUGGUUUGGCUUGAGAGAAGUUAAGGAACCGACGCAGAAACCCAGCCUGGACGUGUCUCCUCAGGUAGAAUCUGACCCAGCUGCUGCUCCUCACCACCUUCCCUGCUCCCCCUCUGCUCCGGCCCUUCCCACUCCUGCUCCCACCGCUGCUCCCAUGCUAAGCACUAACCUUUCUGCAGCUGCCUCCCCAGCUGCUGCUGCUGCUGCUGCUGCCGCCUCUGCCUCUGCUGCCGCUGCCACCACCACCACCACCACCACCGCCCCCGAAGGCACCCCCCAAGCUACUCCAACUGGAUUCUUGGGUCCCACAAAUCCGUUCCUCACUUCCCUGCAGAGCAAUCCUUUCUUCGAGGAACUCAUAGCUGACAUAGCACUAAACUCUCCUUCACCUGCUCCCUCUCUCCCCAGGGCCUUGAGGGCCAACCCUGCCCCCCUAGACUCCCCGGGGAAAGCCCCGCCCGAGUGGGACGACACCGACACCUUCGACUUCGACGUCUUUGCCUCCGGAAGGCUGAGUGCAGAGGCUGGGCACCAAGAGGGCCUGGGCCUAGAAGGAGCAGGGCUGGCGGCUACCGGGCUGCACCACCCAGGCCCCACCGAGGAUGCAGCUGAGCCCCAGGGGGAGCCUGUGGGCAGAGGAAGCAGUGGGAGCAGCGUGUGGCUGGAAUCCCAGGUGCCUCUGGACUUGGGACUCGACAGCCAGGCCUCGGGUAGAGCCGAUGAGGGGGCCCCUGGCUUGUCAGCAGACCUGCCCUCCUCCACCACGUCAAGACCACAGCAGCCCUCCGAAGCAACCCCAGCUCAGGAAGCAGGGCAGAGUCCAGCAGAAAGCGCCACCUCUCUGUUUAGCUCCCCGGAAAUGAUCAGUGUGUGGGAGAGGCUGUCAGGCCCCGAUGACACCCCCGAGGGCUCCGACCAGGACGCCUCCCUGCACACCAGCCAGCUCUUCCCUGAGCUCAAUGCAGCCACAGAUGCCUGGCCCUGGGACGUGGUCUCCAUCUCACCCGCCACUGAGCCGCCCUCACUGGCCCUGCUCCAAGAGCCUAAGCAACAGUCACCUGGCCCCAGCCAGCCAGAAUCACCAGAACCCGUGACUUCCAAAGGGAGUGAGGGACUCCCCCCACCGGAGGAGCUGGAGUCAGAGCCCCAACUCGAGUGGGGGCCGGACAAGGGUGUGCAUCCCACUACGCCCCCUCCCAAGCCGCCUCGACUCUUCACAGCCUUUGAGUGCAAGGACAACAAGGAGUCAGGGGAACUCUACAGCCAUGGGACAGAGCCAGCAGGGGAAGAUGUGUCCCCUACAGUGCGGUGUGCUGGGCCCCAGGAUGAGGGGGACAAGACCCAGCCCGCAGAACCUGGCCUGGAAGAACCUGAGGGGGAUGCCGGACCUCGUGUGUCUGGGUCCUGCAGGUCUCUGCCCAAAGUCUCCCCUGAAGGCCCUGUGCCCCUUUCCUCUCCGGGUCAGCAGAUCAGAGGGACUCCAAAGGGAGGAGAAGGCCCUGAGGGCCCCCAGGCUGAGAGUCUGGGGCCAGCAGGAAAGGGCCGGGGCCUCCAGCCAGGCAGCUCCCAACAGGCUGACCGCUGGGCCUUGAAGGAAGAUGCCUUCAACCCCUUCUUUUCUCGGGUGAGCCAGGAUCCCCCCAGCUUCCCAUCCAUAUCCCCUCCAGGGUCCAGGGAGUCUUCCUUCCACUCUGACCCCGAAGAGCUGCCCAUGCCCCCAGAGCCUGCCUUCUCCCCGCCCCCUCUCCCACCCUGGGCCAGCCACCGCCAUGGGGGGUCCAGCCCUCCUUGCUCUCCCCUGCCUGGAGCCUGGCCCCUGACUUCCUUCUCCUCCUCCCCACCCCCUGGGGAGCCAGCCACCCCCACUGGGGGUUCUCCCUCCCCUCAUGGGGAGCACCACGCUACAGCUAUCCCAGCCUCCCCGCUUGUGCUUCUGCCCUUGGAGACACGGCCAGCUGAGGAGUUCCAGCCUGCUGCCAGCCCCCACCCAGUGAAGCCCCUCAGUGCAGCGUCCGUGGAAGGCAGCCCUGACCGGAAACCGUCACGCUCCAGUCUGAGCACGGCCCUGAGUAGUGGUCUCGAGAGGCUCAGGACAGUCACAUCUGGCAGCAUUCAGCCUGUAGCCCCAGCCCCCCAAGUUGCCUCAGCAGUGGAUGCCAAGAGGCUCAAGGACUCUGGGCUGCUGGACCAGUCUGCCAAGUACUACCACCUGACCCAUGAUGAGCUCAUUGGUUUGCUCCUCCAAAGGGAGCGGGAGCUGAGCCAGCGGGACGAGCAUGUGCAGGAGCUAGAGAGCUACAUUGACCGUCUGCUGGUGCGGAUCAUGGAGACCUCACCCACACUGCUGCAGAUACCCCCCGAGCCCCCCAAGUAGCCUCCCUUACUCCCCAAUCCCACAAGGGCCGUUGUGGCCCCAGCCCCAAGUCUGGAUUCGCAACCCCCACCCCAUCCCUUUAUGUAACUCUCCUGGGGGUCCUUGAGGGCAGGUGCCAUCUCCCCUUCUGCAUCUCUCCCUUCUCUCUGACCUCAAACUCAACUGGGGCA